GCGCAGAGUUCCAUAGUGCUGCCGCGGCACUCAGAACUUCUGCACAUGGAGCGGCGGGGGACAGCUGGAAGAGCUUCAUACUGCAAACUCAAGGAAUAGCAGAAUACCUGCACAGGAUGGAGACUGAGGAGGCCAAGGAAAUGUCCCAGAUAGCAGGAAGGGACAGCCCUAAUGUCAACGAUGGGGGAGAGGACCAAGAUGAGGCCAUGCCUGUCCCUGAAGACCUGUCAACCAGCACAGGCCUCCAGCACAACAACCGCACUGACAAACCACUGGCCUGCAAUAUUAAAGUUGAGGCUCGGAGUGACGAGGAGAACGGGCUUUCCUGUGAGAUGAAUGGAGAGGAGGAGGAGGAAUGUGCAGCCGAGGACUUGCGCGUACUCGAUGGCUCGGGGGCCAAAGUGAACGGCUCCCACGCAGGCCCCGACAGCAAGCCGGCUGCCUACCCCAUGGCCGGGGGCAUCCGCCUCCCCAACGGGAAGCUGAAGUGCGAUAUCUGUGGGAUAGUUUGCAUUGGGCCCAAUGUGCUGAUGGUGCACAAGCGAAGUCACACUGGGGAGAGGCCAUUUCAGUGUAACCAGUGCGGUGCCUCCUUCACUCAGAAAGGCAACCUGCUUCGACACAUCAAACUCCACUCUGGCGAGAAACCCUUCAAAUGUCACCUGUGUAACUAUGCUUGCCGCCGUAGAGAUGCCCUUACUGGUCACCUGCGCACUCACUCGGUCGGAAAACCCCAUAAGUGCGCAUACUGUGGGCGCAGUUACAAGCAGCGGAGUUCGCUGGAGGAACACAAGGAAAGAUGUCACAACUACCUGCAGUGCAUGGGCCUUCAGAACAGCAUUUAUACAGUGAAGGAAGAGAACAGCCAGAAUAUGCAGAGGGAAGACAUGUCUGCAUCUGAGAGGGCCUUGGUGCUAGACAGGAUAGCUAACAAUGUAGCUAAGCGUAAGAGCUCUAUGCCACAGAGGUUUGUGGGAGAGCAUCGUUUGUCAGAGCUCUCAUUUGAGGGUGGCUCGAGCGAGCUAAUGCAGCCUCAUGUGAUUGAUCAGGCCAUCAACAGUGCUAUUAGUUACCUGGGAGCAGAGUCAUUGCGGCCUCUGGUUCAGGCUUCCCCUGGCUCCUCUGACAUGGUGGUCAGCCCUAUCUACAAUCUCCACAAGACGCAAUCAGCCGAUGGCAAUGGCGUGUCAGCUAAAGACAGUGCUGCGGAGCAUCUUCUUCUGCUCUCCAAGUCCAAAUCAGCCUCAGUGGAGAAGGACGGCUCCCCAAGCCACAGUGGCCAAGACUCCACUGACACAGAAAGCAACAACGAGGAGCGGGUGGCCGGAGGAGGCGGUGCAGCUGCAGGUGGUCUCAUCUACCUGACCAAUCAUAUGGCCCCAGGUAUGCGUAACGGAGGCCUGCCUUUGGUGAAAGAGGAGCAGCAGCGGCAUUAUGAGGCCUUGCGGGCAGCAGGUAUCGAUCUGAGCAUGGCAGCAUCGGAGGGGUUUAAGGUGCUGAGCGGAGAAGAAGAGGUGAGGGCAUACCGAUGCAUCCAUUGCAGGGUUUUGUUCCUGGAUCACGUCAUGUACACCAUCCACAUGGGUUGCCAUGGCUUCCGAGACCCCUUCGAGUGCAACUUGUGUGGUUACCGCAGCCAGGACCGCUACGAGUUCUCCUCGCAUAUCACACGUGGAGAGCAUCGUUUCUGAGUAAACACACAGAGACAUUCAACAUGCACAACACUUAUACAUGACUACACACAUAUUGAGUAAACAAUUCAACUUGUCACACUUUUAAAUGUUUUAUUUUUUUAGACACUCUCCAAACACUGAACGGAUAUUUGGAAUUGUUAUUUUUUUGUUUUGUUUUAAGUUUCAUGUGACAUUGAUUGAUUGAAUGAUUGAUUGAUUUGAACAUAUGUACAUACAGUAUAUAUUUCACUUUCUUGUCUAUUUUUUUAUACUGUGGUGUGAGUUACUUGUGAGUUUGUAAACCAAAAUAAGAAUUGUAACUGAAAAAAUAAAUUGUGCAUAUUCAAGAUUCUUAACAUGCUUUUAGCUGCCCUGAAGUUACAAAGACAAAAUAGUAAAAAGAGUAAAGCUACUAAAAACACAAAGUAUAAAAUUAUUAUACAGUAUUGUGUACAUUUAUAAAAUUGUAUUUGUAAUAGUAGUGAAGUAAUCUGAUCUAUUUCGGUUUCUCUCAAUUACCUGUUCAAACUGUUAUAAAAACCUAAUAUUAUUUUUGUCAUCAACUUAAUUUUUUAUAUAAAUAUUUUUAUAUUAUCUAAGCAGUUUAAACAAGUUAAUAUAAUUUGUUUUUAUUUAUUACAGUGAAAGAAUAUUGUGAGUUUUCCAUUUUGUGUAUAGAUGACCUUUUGAAACGCUCUUAUGUUAUCUAUGAUAUUGAACCACAACAUCUUGUACCUGUGUGAAUUAUAAAUUAGAUGUUUUUAUUUUAUUUAACAGUACAUAGUUUGACGGUAUUUUACAUGUUUACAUCAACAUCCUAAAAUAUAUAUACCUGCAAAAUAAAAUAAAAAAUAUUUUACAU